GCAUCCUGGUCACGUGACUUAAAUUUUUUAUUUCACUUUGUUGAUAUUUUUCUCAUAAAAAUGAUGUGAUUUAACCUUUGUUUAUAAGUUUCUGAUGUCGAAAGAAACAUUUAAUAAAAUUGCACUGAAUAAUCUUUUAUUUAAAAGUGGUGUUAUAUAGAAAUGACGAUUGAUCGAGGUAAAACUUGACAAUUCUAUGUUGCGUUGAGCCGACGGGAGUACAAAAACAAAGAUGGCGGGGAGAAAUAUCAAGCCAAAUACGGGUGGAUUCGAUUCCCCGGAUAAAGUGAAUUCAAACACUUUGAAGAGGCACCCCAAGAUGGACUUGUCCAGGAAUGAUCUGUUACAGUUGCUUAGUUACCUGGAAGGAGAACUUCAAGCUAGAGAUGUUGUCAUAGCAACUCUAAAGGCAGAAAAGGCUAAACAGCUGUUAUAUCAAGCCAAGUAUGGGAGAUUUGGACUCGGGGAUCCAUUCUCCGCGAUGCAACGGGAUUCUGAUAAUAUGAAAGACAACACUUUUGAUGAGUCGGCGAUCAAGUCGAUGUACGAUAAUCAGUUGGCACAGCUUGAGAACCUGAUUGCGACACAGAGGAAGGCACAGAUGAAGAUGAGGGAACAAAUGAUUAUAGGGGAGAAAAGAUACCAUAAGGUUCAUAGUGAAUUAGAAGAUGAGAAACGUAAACAUGCUCAAGACACAGCUCAGGGCGACGAUGUUACCUACAUGCUGGAAAAGGAGAGGGAGAGAUUAACGAAAGAGAUUGACUUUGAAAAAGCUAAUCAGAAGAAAAUGGAAAAAGACAUGAAGAAGACGUUGGCGAGUUUAGAAGAUGAAAGAGCCAGCUCGGCAAAACAUAAACAGGUUGCACUCAUGCUUAUUAAAGAACGUAAAAAACUUGUGGAGAAAUUAAUGCAGGAAAAAUUCCGUGCGGAGCAGGCGGAGAGAAUUCUACAGGAGGAGAGGAGUAAAUCAAUGAACAUGGCGGAAGGCCUUGUGCAGGAAAGUAAAAAGUCGUUAAAAAUGGAGGCAACAAUGGAACGUCAGUUGAGCGAGUUUGAUUUAGAACGAGAACAAUUAAAAAAUAAGUUACAUCGAGAAGAGAAUCGCAACAAAGAUCUUUCAAGUCAGAUUGAUUCAUUGACAUGGCAGUUGGAAAAUUUACAAAAACAGCUACCUGGAAAGUAUCAGCCGAAAGAAUUGGUGCAUAGUGUUGAAAUAAAAUCAACUGUUUCUUCUCCACAAACUAGGUUAUCUAGUGAGAGAACCUGGCCGGCCUCAAACCAGCCUGUUAUGACUGUCUCUGGGAAAGGCGGGACCGGUAUUGUAGAGAGAGAAGCCGGUCUUUCACCGAGAACUAGUUCAUCUGAAUUAAGUGUUCGUAAACGUGAUAAUAUUAGGUAUGCAAGUCCCCCUGCAAUGUCUUUAGACAGGGGACAUAUCCAUUACACUGAUAAUAUAGAACAGCGUGUUGCUCCAGUAGGAGCUGUUGCAGAAAGUAAACUAUUAUUAGAUUCUCACGGAAGCCAGAAGUUGAAUGUUGGCGGACCGAAUGUUGUAAGCAGUGGGGGGAGGAUUACCGUUCAGACGGGUAGUCUCGUAACUGGUUCAGGCCAGUUGUCUCCAAGAAGAGGAACAAGUGUAGGGCGUGGGACUCCGCCUCCAAUACCGCCAAAUAAACCUGUGUUACCUACAACCACUACCGCAACCAAACCUGUAAUGUCCCAUAAAACUGCUACCUUAAUUUCAAAAGAUGGAAGAGCGCCUGGUUCAAAACCUGUUCAUAUACCAGUUAGUGUUGUUCAUACCUCGACUGUUACAGCCUCACCUGGCAGUCGAACACCAAAGCGUGAAGGAUCGCCGUCAACGCUUCGUAAACCUGCGCAGUUUUCUGAUGAUCCCAAUCCUGUGGAUGACCCCAUUCCUUACAUUGCACCUGGUGCCAGUCAUACCCCACCCACUUCUGAUUCAUUUGAUUUUCUUGGUCAAGAGAUGGCCGACCUUCAGCAACUUUUAGUUUCCAUGGUAACAGUUCCUUCAAAUUCGCCUGGAGUGAGCAGUGAAAUUCAGUCAUCAGCUGCACCAUCAUUGUCAACAUCAACAUCAUCAGCAACAACUUCUGUGUCCUUUGUUGAAGGGACACAGUUGACAUCAUCUCUAACAUCACAAUUUACACCAUUGGUGACAUCACAAGUCAUGUCAUCAUCUAUAUUUCAAGAAUCUUCCAUUUCAUCACAAGGAAUUUCUUCAACAUCACCAAUUUCAUCAUCGUUGGCCUCACAAGGAACUUCAUUGACAGCAUCUAUGACAUUUCAAAGGACAUCUAUAGGUUCUCCUGUGACUUCAGAAGUAAGUCCUGUAACAUCACAAAAGAUACUAAAUUCAUCAAUGACAUCAUCACAGAACAAACCUGUUUCACAAACAUCAAAAUUGCCAGUAAGAUUAUCAACAGUAUCAGUGACAUCUGCUUCAUCAUCAGCUGUAGCAUCGUUACCACAAGCAACAGGAAUACCUGUUGGAGAUGUAAAUUUUGGAAGGCGAUCAUUAGAUACUGAACAUCUAUCUGAUAUAAAAGCAUCGUUAUCAUCUGCUGAUGCUGGAAGACGAUCUUUGGAUAGCGCGAAGUUUAGUGACGUUAUGACAGCUUCUACUGUAUCUACAAAAAUCCCAGUUGUAAAAGAUACACCGUCUUCUCCAAUACACAGAUAUGCUGCCACAGGGAAUGUUGAUGCUUUACGUAAACUCAUUGUGGAUUUGGAAGCAGAUGUUAAUUUACCUAUGAAGGACGGAACAACACCAGCUCAUUGUGCUGCCGAGAAUGGACAAGAAGAAUGUUUGUCUCUGUUGAUCAAGCGUGGUUGCCAUGUGAACAGUUUGAGGGAUGACCAACAAACACCUGUACACUGUGCCGCUGCACAAGGUCAUAUUGGUUGUUUACGUUUGUUACUGACAAAUGGAGGAAACCCAAACCUUGCUGAUCAUUCAGGUUGGAGCCCACUACACUGGGCGGCUUCAAACGGACAUCUUGAAUGUUGCAGACGUCUGCUGUCACAUGGUGCAAAAAGGUUAUGCUGUACAAAUACAUUUUGGACACCAUUUCACCUGGCUGUACAUUCUAGUUUUCCUCAUAUACUCGAACUUUUACUGACCUUUGAGGUAGAGAAGUUUGAAAUUCUUGCCGAGGUCAAACAGUCCUUGUUCAACAUUGUGGAUAAAGAUGGAGGCUCCCUGGGUCAUCUUGCUGCCAGUAAAGAAUCUCAUGAAUGCCUAACUGUGAUACUUACACAUUGUGAUAUUGAUACAGAUCGGAGGGACAAGUGGGGCAGGACUAUAUUAGAUGUUAGUUCUCCCAGCUGUAGGUCCAUUCUCUUGCCAUAUGUAAACAAAGGAAGGUUAAAGAAUGUUCGAGUUGAACUGCGAUGUACUGGACCGCUGUACGCCCAACAAGAACCUUUUGUAGUCGGAAAUAUCAACAUUUUACCAAAAAUGAUGUGGAAUGAUGUGGAUUUAAUUCUUGCCAACUGUGUAGAAACCUACCUCGAUCAAAUUGAUCAUGGACUUAGAACAAAGAAAAUCAGCCGCCUUGACCCAGAAAAUAAUGGGGAUGACAAUAAUUUUACUCUAGAACUGAAUGCAGAUAGUAUAUGUGGAUAUACUCUAGGAUCUCUAACAUGGAAUAGAGAGGGUCCAUUCCCAAAUGUAUCUUUACAGCAGGUGGUUGGAGUUCUGGAAAACCCAUCUAUUCUCGUUAACUUGAAAGGUUCAUCAAAUGACCUUGACUCUCUGGCCUUUGACCUUCUACUUCCUGUAUCUGCUAUAAACAACUACACUAGACUGCUGGAUCAGUAUAAAUGUGUUGUUUUCUAUGGUCCAGAAGGGACAAGGAAAAAACAGCUUGUAAAAAGACUUGCCAGGCACAUUGCUGACAAGGAGUUUGUCCAGGGAGUAGAAGCCAGGUCCUCACAAGUUUAUCUUCACAGAGAUUUCAAACACAGGGAUUUCCUUCAUCUUCUCAGCUCAGAAGGUUGUAUACUACCAGUAGGUAUAAACAGUGCUAGGGCAUGUAUAUUGACAUUGUUUCAUCUGGAGAAGGUACAUUUAGCAGAGAUGCUGGGUAGUCUGUUAGAACAUAUAGAACAUAGAGGAUCUCAACAUACCUUUACUGUUCGUGGUGCUGGAGAUGCUAGGGAUCUUUACUACUUCCCACAGAAUUUCUAUCUCAUUGCCACGAUGGAUAAACCAAGAUCCACUGGCCUUGACCUUGGAUUGCAGCAAAGAUUUCGCUGGGUUCAUUUUCGUGUGAAAGUGGAACCAAUAAAAAAUUUACUAGGACGUCACUUGCUGCGUCGUCUGCUACACACUUACAGUGGAGAGCUGCCGUCUGCUGAUGAUAGUGUUUUCAAGGUAGUUGAAUGGUUACUGUGUGUCUGGCAGAGAUUAAAUGAUGGUGUGAGUAAACUAGGGCUUCCUGAUGUUGUCUUUGGUCCAGAUAUGUUUAUGCCAUGCCCCAUUGAAUCACGGGAUGCAAAAAAUGUGCUAGAUUGGAUGCAGAAAUUAUGGAAUGAGACGAUAUCUCCUGCAGUAAAGACCGCCGUACUGAAGGGAACAGGAAAAGACAGUACAAAGGAAGGACAACAGAAAGUGGCUAAUACAGCUCUGUAUGUUCUCAUGCAGAGAGCAAUAGUACCUGGAUGUCCGCUGAAUGGUCAAGAAAAAGAUGAAUAUUUAUCAACAUUUUGUGGCAGCAAUGAGUUGGACGUGUCUCUUAAAUCAGAGAAGCAGAGUCCUGCAUCAUCAUCUGUCAGUCAGAGGCGGUCCUUACAUAAUGGUAACCAUAGAAACAACCUAGAGGUCAACCAGUCAAGGUCAAAACAUAGAAAUUCUACAGAUGGGAAUUUUCAGUUUACAAACGCAACUUUGAUCAACAACAACAACAACACAUACAAACGACGCAGCCUUUCAGAAGAUUCCCUCAUGCGUACACAUCAGAUAGAAAUUCCCGUCAUUCAUGAUUCAAGAGAUCAACAACAGAAUGACAUUCAAGCCAAAGUGCCAAAAUUGGAGAUACGUUCUCCGAUCCUAGGAUUAACCAUCCCAUUACACAGUACUUUACCAACAGCAGGUCGAACCAGUCCACUUAGUUCAUUGUCCACAACUUCCGGUAAUCAUGGUGCUAGUCAUAGAAGAUCAACUUUUUCUUCCCACAGUCGUAUUCCACAACCGUCAUCUAAACGGUCAAAAUCGUCAGAAAAUUUAAGUGCAUCAAACUUACAAGGAAAUGGCCAGUUCCGACCCACUAGUCCAUUUUCAUUUUCACUUGCUACGCCAACACCUUCAUUGUUUUCAUUCAAAUUUUAUGAUGACAAAAGUUCUAAAAAGGUGCAGAAAUUUGACUGUUAAUGUGUGUAAAUGUUUUUAGCUGAUAGUGAUGUUACAGUAACUAUUUUCUGAGCUUGUUACAUUUCCUGAGCUUGUUACAUUUCCUGAAUUGUUUUUGAUACAGAUAAGAUAUAUUUCGAGUUGAUAAGUAACAUAAGCUCUUACGAGCUUCUACAACCAACUAUGUUUUGGGAAUUGAGAUAAGAACUGUCAGAAUUUACAUUCGCUCAUGCAUAUAUUUUCAGCAAGCUUGCCAUCGCUUAGAUGGCUAGAAAAAAUUUUGAGAGGUGUGUGAUUUUAUAGUUACCAGGCAAAGCAGCAAGUGCUAAAUCUUGAGUUACAUAUUCCCAACCUCAAAACUGCAGCAAGCCAGUGUACAUAUUUUCAAAGGCAUUUUUUUGUGAGAUAUGGAGGGUUUUUCACUUAUAUCAGGAAAUAGUGCAGCUUCAUUAAGAUACAUUUUAAUGUUUGUCAGAUGUGUCAAGAAUUGGCAGAUUUUGUCUUGCCAUAUUUCACCCUAUCAUGAUUGCACCGGAAACAAUAGUUUACCUCAUGUAUUGUUACAUGUGAUAAGUAAGUCAGCCAUUUGUCAUUGUUGUUACAUUAUCAUUAUUGUCAUAGCAAACGUUUGUUAAUUUAUUGUUGAUGGCAUCAUUUUUAGCUCCACUACUCGAAGGAAUAGCUAUUUCUCUCGCCCUUUUGUUGACAUCAGUGUCAGCAUGUUCAACCAGAUUGGUUUUUAUUGGUCAGGUGGUAUCCCAGUAACCACCAGUGGGAAUGGAUUAAAACCUCACAUGAAUAUACUUUGAUGAUAUGUCGUGCAUUUGCUCAUGUCCCACAACUCUAUUUUUAGUUUAUUUUACAAAGUUAUACCUCUUUUUUAACUUGGCAAGGAAAAUUUUCUAAUGUUUUUGUUUACAAGCUGGGCAUCGUUAAAAGGUCAUCAUGAGCAAGAAAUUUUCCAUAACCCCUACUUCCCUUUAAAAUAUAUUUCUUGUUCCUUUUCUAUUUGUUUAUGUUAUGUUAUUCUAUCAUUUUUUUUUGUGAGAAGGCUGUGUAACAGUGGAGUAGUGAUGUCCUCUGACAGCUCUUGUUAUAGAGAUACAGAAAACUACGAUGAAAUUUUGCUGGUUUUGUUUUUACAUAUCACAGGUCUUGUUCCAGCUAUAGAUGGUUUUCUACUUAAAUAAAUCUGUUCUUUGUAGAGGGUUAUUUCUCGUGUUUGGAAAAUAGGUCAGAAUUCUGUAAGACACUUCAUUUAAUUUUAACAUAUAUUUAUCAUUGUAAUCUGGAAACAUACAGUUUUCUCUCGGAGAUAGUUUGUAUGUGUAGAUAUAUAGGGCUUUCAUUAUUUUACCCAUUUAGUAAAAUCGUUUUUAAUUGUUUUUAUUUACUUCUCUUUGUUUACAAGCAUGGCUUCCGUUUAUCAAAAUCGUAGAAGCUGAAAGCUAGAGCCUAAGUAAUAUAGAUAGAAGCUUUCGGCAUAUUGUUACUGGUAAACACUCAUUUUACCCAGACUACUAAUAAAUAGCAAAAAGACCUGUUGAUAUCUUGUCAAAAUUUGAAAUCAGUUAUCAAGUACUAUUGAAUUAAAAAGAGAAGAAAGACCUAUUGAUGUCAAAAUUUGAAAUACCCAGUCAAAGUAAGACUGUUCUAUUUUAAGCAAUCGUGAAGUAAUAAUAAAUUUCAGUAAUGCUUUUGAUGGACAGACAGUUGAAUUUCUGAAUUGACUUGGUUUGAUUAAGUUGUUUCUGUAUAGUGAAUGAUGUUUACCAUAAUUGUAAUGCUGCCAAUAUUUGUGUUCUAUACUGUGUAUAUGGAGUAGUAUAUGGGCAUGAUUAUUGUAUACCCCCAACAACAAAGUUGUAAGGGGGGUAUACUGGUUUCAGGUUGUCUGUCUGUCUGUCUGUCCGUAGACACAAUCUUGUGCACACCAUCUCUCCUCAUCCCCUUGACACAAUUUAAUGAAACUUCACACAAAUGAUCAGUAACAACAGUAGUUGUGCAGGGGCAUGUUAGGUUUUCCAGAAAAAAAUUGCAGAGUUACAGGACUUUGGUUUUUGUUACUAUACUAUAUACAUAGACACAAUCUUGUGCGCACCAUCUCUCCUCAUCCCCUUGACACAGUUUAAUGAAACUUCACACAAGUGAUCAGUAACAACAGUAGUUGUGCAUGGGGCAUGUUAGGUUCUUUCAACAACAAAAAUUGCAGAGUUAUGGGACUUUGUUUCUUGUUAACAUACUAUGUACAUACAGUCUGCAUAUGCAAUCUUGUGCGCACCUAAUCUUCUGAACCCUUGCACACAAUUUAAUGAAACUUCACACAAGUGAUCAGUAUCAACCCUAAUUGUGCAUGGUGCAUGUUAUGGGACUUUGUUUUUUGUUACUAUACUGUAUACAUACAGUCUAUAUACAUACAGUCCACAUAAUUAUGCAAUCUUGUGGGGGGGGGGGGGGGGGGGGUUCAUUCAUCACCUUUAGUGAUAGCUCUAGUUAUGUCUCCCAACACACAGUGGUGUGGGAGACAUAUUGAUUUACUCCAGUCUGUCUGUCUGUCUGUCACAGAUCAUGUCUGCACUCAAAAGUCGAACAUUUCUCAUCCGAUCUUCCCCAAACUUGAACAAAAUGUGAUUACCAAUAAGUCCUCGGCCAAGUUCAACUAGCCAAAUCGUCCCAGGCACUUAAAAAUUAUGGCCCUUGAAUUACUGAUCGGAACCACUCACCCAGACCUCCCAAAAUUACUGAUCGGAACCACUCACCCAAACCUCCCAGACUACUUUGAAUCACCAUAGGAACCACUCACCCAAACCACUUUGAAUCACUAAAUGAUUAUUGAGUUGUGGGAGACAUGCGCUUUUCUCAAAAGCGGCUCUAGUUGUUAGUUUGUUUUUCUAAACUUUAUGACCUAGUAUUUAGAAGUAUUAGAUAAACACGAUGUACUUCAGUGCAAAUGAAGGACAGACAGUUUAAAACUGCACUUGUACUGUCCUAAUUUGUGUGUUGAUCCCUUUAAAUACCUUGUUCAAGAAAUUAUAUAAUUUAUUCAAUAUUGAACUUGUUUGAGAUCUGUGAUCUGAGCAUUUGAUUUAUGAACACCAUAUACAGUUUAUGAAUAAAAUUGCUAUUACAAAAGCCAAACAAAUAGAAUCAUAACUUGAAAAAUGCAUGUUUAGUUUCAGGCAGUACAAAAUGUAUUUAUUUUACAUGUUAGAUUUUGAUUUAAAGUUUGUUUUAGCAAAGGUCUGUUAGCACCAUUUUCAAUUGUUAUUAAAAUAUUUGUAUAUCAAGUCAAACAAAAUGUCUAAAAAAAGAAGAAUGUAGUUUAUCAAAGAAUUAUUUUUUAUUUCAAUAUGGGCAAGUGUAAACUUGUAAAGUUCUAUGAAAAAAGAGAAAAAGUGAUCCUUUCUUCCCAGCCUAUAUAAGGGUAAGAUCAGUUUUUUUGUCCUGAAUCAUAGUUUAAUGGUCCUGAAUCAUAGUUUAAUGGUUCUGAAUCAUAGUUUAAUGGUUCUGAAUCAUAGUUUAAUAGUCCUGAAUCAUAGUUUAAUGGUCCUGAAUCAUAGUUUAGCUAUUCUCCCAACUUAUUUUAAUGGCACUUGUCACAUGUAAGGGAGUUUGUUGAAAACCUUACAUUUAUUUGUAAUAAUACUUUUUUAUUUACUCUUGAAGAGUAUUUUAUGAUAGUGAUUCAGUGAUGUUUUUAUGAUUGUGAACAAAUGUGACUGAUAAAAGAUCUGAUCAUUUUUACAGAGUUGUGACAUUUAUACAGAAAACUAAAAUCUUAUAUGUUUUUAUGAUAUGUUUUUAACAAUAUAUUUACCAGGAAAAUUUGUAUGACAUUUUUAUAACAAAUACAAGAAAUUUGAAAUUGCCCAGUGGCAAUGUGCACUAUGAGAGUGGUCUCCAUACUCAGUUACAAUACCUUGAAGCUGCAGUUACCCUGCUAUCUCUGCAGUCAGGUUGUGUUUUCUUGCUGAAUUUGAAAUGAACUCUAAUCAAUUUAAUUUAAAUGUAAAUUAAAACUUCAUAGAAUAUUCCAGAAUGGGAUUCUGUUGUGACUUGUAUCUGUUUUACCCAUAUUUGUCUUAGACAAGGGCCAUGUAUAGACUCCACAUUAUACUGAUGGAAAUAUAUGGUAACCUUAGUCCACAUUUGUGCACUUUACAAUAUUGCACAUUCGGGUACUUUACACGAUUGCACAUCUGGGUACUUUACACAAUUGCACAUUUAUGUACUUUAGUGUACAUUUGUGUAUGUUACAUUUUGCAUUUAUGCAAGAUUAUAUUGUAAAACUUUUCAGUAGUUUCAUAUCAGUUUUUUUGUUCCUUGUAAACUGAAUAAUGCAUGGGCAAGGGAGAUAAAUCCAGUAGUCUUAAAGAUUUGUAGUGUGCUGUUUGACAGCUGGUAGAGGCCCUUAUCCCAUAUUCAUAGAUAUUUUCAGUCUCGGCUGAGUUUGAAAAUGAAAUUUUGACAGCAAAAUUUUACUAGAACUUCAUGAUUAGAUUCCAGUUGAGACUGAACAUCAGUUGAAAAUAAACAUUAAAUUAACAUUUAAUGUUAAAUUUGCAGUUUAGAUGUAAAUGACAAUGAAAAGUUAUAUUAUUAAACUCAGCUGAGACUGAAAAUAAUUUGGGAGCAUGAGGCCAGCUCAUAAAACAUGUAUACCAUGUCUUAACAUUGCAGCAGCAUAGAUCUCUGGUUAUACACUUCCUCUGUCUUUGUCUUUAUAAAUGUUUUAGCAAGGGAGAUAAAUCCAGCAGUCAUAAAGGUUUGUAGUAUGCUGGUAGAGGGCUGGUCAUAAAAUAGUUUGAGUUUGUCUUAACAUAGCAGUUGUGUAUAUAUCUUUAAAUGGGCCAUCAGCUGACAGGAGGGAUUUUACCACAUAAGAAUAUUUAAUUAGCUGUUAGAAGAAAUGAAGAAAAAUUGUAUAUGUUGAUAGGAAAUGUAUUUAUUUAUUGUCAGAAAAAUGUCAUUUAAUGUCUUCUUACAAGAAUGUUCUUAUUAAUGAGCUGUGUUGGCAUGGUAAUGUUGAGUCCCUUUAAAAACAAUAUUAUUUUGGAAAAGGCAUGGAUAUGUUUUUCAUGAAACUUUUUGUAAAAUUAACUAAUUUUCAGCCCAUUGUCAAUUUUUAGACGAAAAACUGUUAAAAGUUUAGUUCAUAGAUUUACAUAUUACAAGUACUUUGUUUUUUCUGAUUAAUUAGAAUGUAAAGUAAAAUAUAAAUGCAAAAACAUGUUUUUUUUCUGCUGUUGAAGGAAGAUAUUUAAUUUUAGACCUUAUUUCUUAGGACUACGCUGUUUUACCUGCGUGACAACAUAUAUUAUAAAGUGUAAGUUUGUAAUAUUACAUUUGUUUGUUUCCUUAGAGAGAUCUGAUCAUUUUUAUUUAACAAAAAUUAGCAUAAAAUGCACCUUUUUCUUUAGUGUAUUCUGUUCAGUUCAAACUUACUGUUACUUACAAAGUUAUUUUACUUCUAAACUGAACUUUUUCUACCAGGAAUUAAGGCUUCAGACUCUUACUAAUUUGAUUGAUAAUGGCGUCCCUAUUACAGAUGUUUUUGUGUAGUACAAUAUUUCAAGAAAUUUGAAAACAAAAUUUCAUAUGAGGUUGGCUUGACUGUAUUUUUGACUGUGCAUGAUAUAAAAAUAUCUGUUUCCUGAAUUUACUGUAAAUGAAAUUUAAAAAAAAUGAACUGAAACAUUAAACAUGAAAUAAAGUAUGCAGACUGUUGGUGAUACCUUACUGUUCAUGAAUACUUUAGUAUAAUUUCUUGCAUUAAUGGCAUGUUAUUAAAUAUAGAAAUUUCUGACUGUUGAACUAGGUUAGACUGUUUUAUCAUUAAUGUUAGUUACUCUAGUUCUCUGGGCUCCAAAAUUAUAAACAGAAUUGUUUGGAGACCAGUCACAGAAAACUACUUUGCCUUUGGUCAGUUUGAAAAUUUUAAUUAGAUUUGAGACUGGUCUCCUGAUUUAGAUUUGAGACUGGUCCCCUGAUUUAGAUUUGAGACUGGUCUAUUGAUUUAGAUUUGAGACUGGUUUCCUAAUUAAGAUUUGAGACUGGUCUCCUGAUUCAGAUUUGAGACUGGUCUACUAAUUUAGAUUUGAGACUUGUCUCUUGAUUUAGAUUUGAGACUGGUUUACUGAUUAAGAUUUGAGACUGGACUCCUGAUUUAGAUUUGAGACUGGUCUCCUGAUUUAGAGCCAGCCUCCUGAUUUAGAUUUGGGACUGGUCCCCUGAUUUAGAUUUGAGACUGAUCUACUGAUUUAGAUUUGAGACUGGUCUCCUGAUUUAGAUUUGAGACUGGUCUCCUGAUUUAGGCUUUAUUUAUUUGUUACACUGUUCUUAUUUAUUGCAUCGUGUUGUGACAUAUUUAAAGGGGCAUGGUCCAGAUGUGCAACCAGAUAUCAAAAACCUUAAAAUAAGUAAGAGAGUUUUUAAAAGAAUCAAAGAUCAAUUUUUUCUCUGUUGAUACAUUUCUAUCAAACAUGCAAUAUCUCAUCACAUGAGACUUUUUCUGAUAGAGUUUCACACUUUUUGAUGUUCUCACAAUGGUACAUACGUGAAAAUCAAAUUUAGUAUGAUAUAAAUUACAAAUAAAUUCCUUCUUUUUUAUGCUAAGAUAAUAUUGUGUUAUUUUAAUGACCUUUCUGCAUAUUUUACUGUUAAAAUGAGUAUUUUCAAAGAAAUACUUGUAUGCACUAGAUUUCAUACCAGAUCACUCGGUUUUCACUUUUAAUUUAUGAAAAAUUUAGUCUGAAUCUGGACAAUUGUCCCUUUAAAAUUACAUCAAGUUUAGAAGUUGUAAUAUCAGGCUAGUUAUUGUGUUUAAACACAGUCAUGUUGUUUAUGCAUUUUAUGUGUAAUUCUGAUUCAGGUUGUGCGCUUUUUGAUUGUUAUGUUGUUAAUGAUGAUAGUCAUGCAAUAAAUAUUUGGUGACAAAAA